GUCGUUUUAAUUGAUGGUCCUACUCUACUUCCCACUAGCUAGUCUUCGCUGUCUGUGAAGCUGCAUUUGGCUUUUUUCCCAAACUGACCAAUUACCUUCUCUCUCUCUCUCUUAUUUUUUGUUUUCUUUACUCUUUUCCUUUCUAUCUCCACCCCACCUAGUUUCUCUGUCAUCAAGCACCCCAUUUGACUAUGCCUCUGUGCGUGUAAGAGUUUGCUUGUGCCCCUUCUCCUGAUUGUUGAAAUCGUAAUCUGGAGAUUGAAAAAAGGAGCAAUCUUUAUCGAGUUGAACCCCUCUUUCUGAACUAUUCUUUAAGGGUGGAGGUGUGAAUUCUUUUUGUAUUUUGUAAUAAUUUGCGUCAGCGUUCUGUUAAACUAAGGAUUCUGCUUGCUGUUGUUUACCAAGUGAACUUGAAUCGGUAUUUUCUCGGUGCUCAUGGGUUCUGUUUGAAAUCCUUGGAUUUUUUACCCAAAAGGGUAGUCCAGGGACCAUAUAUGUAUAUAUUUCCACUUCUUACUGAGUUCUGACUUGCAUUUGGCGAAUUUAUCACCCUAACUUGUAUUAAGACACGAUGGGAAGGCUUAUGUGGUGGUUCUUGAUGCUCUAGCAUCGACUAAUCAUUAGCUUAAGGAGAAAAAAAGAGAUGAAAAAUUUCCUCAGAAAGCUUCACAUAGGAUCCAGCCACUCUGAGGAUUCAGAAGGUCCCACCUCAUUAUCAUCAUCAUCAUCAAAGGGUAGUAAUAACAGGUUGAGUGAUGGCUCACCAAGCGUGAGGCUCUCACAUUCCAAAUCCGAUCAUCAUAAACCCUUUUCGGCUAUUUCUGGAUGGUUAAAUUCUGUCGCAAAUAGAAAUAAUCCAAGCCCACCGUCUUCUGCUAACGUGAAUAGACGUGACAAAGUAAUGGAGCCUUCCGAUUCGGGGGGGAGUAGUAAUUUUGAGGCCGGUUUAGAUGUAAGGCAUGAUUCGGGGUCCAACAACUCAAUAGAGGAGGAGUAUCAAAUUCAGUUAGCUUUGGAGUUGAGUGCAAAGGAGGAUCCUGAGGCCGUUCAGAUUGAGGCUGUGAAACAGAUUAGUUUGGGGUCUUGCACGUCUGAAAACACACCGGCUGAGGUUGUGGCAUACAGAUAUUGGAAUUACAACGCCCUUAGCUAUGAUGACAAGAUUCUGGAUGGCUUCUAUGAUCUGUAUGGCAUAGUGACUGAAUCCGCUUCAUCUAGAAUGCCUUCCCUAGUUGACUUGCAAGCAACACCUGUAUCGCCUGAUAUUAGUUGGGAAGCCAUUCUUGUCAAUAGACAAGCUGACACCAAGUUGUUGAAACUUGAGCAGAAAGCCCUAGAAAUGGUUUCCAGAUUAAGGUCACAUUCUGCUAAUCAUGUCACACACAAUAUGGUCCAGAAGCUUGCUGAAUUGGUAUCUGGCCAUAUGGGGGGCCCAGUUGGUGAUCCUGACAGCAUAUUGAUAUCAUGGAGAAAUGUCAGUCAAACUCUGAAGGCAAAUGUUGGGAGCAUGGUCUUGCCUAUUGGUUCUUUAACAAUUGGACUAGCUCGUCAUCGAGCAUUGCUGUUCAAGGUUUUGGCUGACAGUUUGGGAAUUCCUUGCCGCCUGGUGAAAGGACAGCAGUUUACUGGUUCCAAUGAUGUGGCCAUGAACUUUGUGAAAAUUGAUGGUGCAAGGGAAUACAUUGUCGAUUUGAUGGCGGACCCCGGCACACUCAUUCCAUCUGACGCAGCAGAAGAUUCAUCAUCUCUUUCUACAACCUCCAUGCCUAAAGAUGUUGUUACCCUUCCUUCAUCUAGGGAGAAUAUCGCCGUGGGAAAAAAAUCAAUGCAUGGGGGAGCACAUUUCCCUUCAGCAGCCCCCAAGCACAAGUCCGAUGGUUCAAAAAAGCCAAAGGACACGACAGAAAUCUCCCCCAAGCCCGUUCAUCCUUACGCACACGCUCGAUCACCUUCAUGGACCGAAGGCAUAAGCUCGCCAGCUGUCCGCAGGAUGAAAGUGAAAGACGUUUCCCAAUACAUGAUCGACGCCGCAAAAGAGAACCCAAACUUAGCCCAAAAGCUCCACGACGUCUUGCUCGAGAGCGGCGUCGUCGCGCCGCCCGACCUUUUCACCGAGAUGUACGCGAACCACCCGCUCAACCCUUCUUCUCAAGAACUCGAAAAGGAAAAAAAAGACAAACAAACGAGCGUGGGCCACAAAAACCCCGACCGAACCACCUUCCACCUCCCUCCACUCCCGCGCUCCAAGCAUCACGAGCCAGCCGAGCAGGACGUCCAUUCAGAUUCCGAGGCAGUGGGCCCCACAAAGUACCCGAGGAACGUCCCGGUGGCAGCAGCAGCUGCUGCUGCUGCAGCUGUGGUGGCUUCGUCUAUGGUGGUUGCCGCCGCAAAGGCGAGCGGCGACACGGCGCUGCAGCUUCCGGUGGGGGCUGCGGCCACGGCCACGGCGGCGGCAGUGGUGGCCACGACUGCAGCCGUUACGAAGCAGUAUGGUGGGGCACUUGAACCGGGAGAUGGGGAUGCUGCUGAGAAUGCGGUUUGCGAGCAGGAGAGUGGUGGUGCGGGCGGGAAUUCGGAAGGGGAGAGAGUGUCGGACAGGUCGACGGGGAACGAGAGUUCGAAAUCCGACGCGACGCUCGAUGACGUGGCGGAUUGCGAGAUUCCGUUGGAGGAUAUCGCCUUGGGUGAGCGUAUCGGGCUUGAUUGGAUGACAUAUGUUGUGUUUUUAUUUUUUGGAUUUUUUUUUUUUUUUUUNUAUGGUGAGGUGUACCAUGGGGACUGGCAUGGAACUGAAGUUGCUGUAAAGAGGUUCCUUGACCAAGAUAUAACUGGUGAAUCUCUCGAGGAAUUCAAAAGUGAGGUCCGGAUCAUGAAAAGAGUCAGGCACCCAAAUGUUGUUCUCUUUAUGGGAGCAGUUACUCGUCCUCCACAUCUUUCAAUUGUUACUGAAUUCCUUCCUAGAGGCAGUUUGUACAGAUUACUUCAUCGCCCAAACAAUCAACUUGACGAGCGUAGGCGUUUGAGAAUGGCUCUUGAUGCAGCCAGAGGAAUGAAUUAUUUGCAUAACUGCACCCCAGUGAUAGUGCAUCGAGAUUUGAAGUCCCCAAAUCUUCUUGUUGAUAAGAACUGGGUUGUAAAGGUAUGUGAUUUUGGAUUAUCAAGAAUGAAGCACAACACAUUUCUUUCUUCAAGAUCGACUGCUGGGACGGUGCUCCUUUUCUGUAGUCUUGUUCCAUUGCACCAUCUCAAAUUGUGUCUGUUUCCUUUGAUAAUUUUCAAGAUAGCUACACCGAUGUUGCUUUUGUUACCCUCAGGCCUUUGGAGAUGCUUGAUUGCCAACUUUUGCCUUCAAAAGAGGUGUGAUGUUUACAGCUUUGGGGUCAUAUUAUGGGAGCUUUGUACUUUACGGCAGCCUUGGGGAGGUAUGAACCCCAUGCAAGUUGUUGGUGCUGUUGGUUUUCAACACCGUCGUCUUGAUAUACCAGAUGACGUGGAUCCAGCUAUUGCUGAUAUCAUCAUGAGAUGCUGGCAAACAGAUCCAAAUUUACGGCCAUCGUUUGCUGAAAUCAUGGCUGCCCUAAAACCACUUCAGAAGCCUAUAACCGGUUCACAAGCAACAAAAUCGAGCAGGAGACCUGAAAAUGCACAGUCUAAUGCUGUGAACUCGGAAAAUCAAGUUGACCGUAAAAGCUAGAGAGGUGUGCAAAAUAUUUUUUUCUGAUUGAUUGAGUGCCUAUGCAAUGAGACUCUGAUCAGGCAUGUGCAGCAUUGUUUUCAACAUCAUUGUUUGGGGUUGAUUGGUCAUGGAAGAAAUACUCGUUUAUCAACCCUUAUGUAUUUUUGGCUUUGUGAUGCUCACUUUCCCGCCCAAUUGUGCAGUUUUUAUGUACAUUGACGUGAAUUUGUUGUUAUUAAUAACGUUUGAUGUAGGGAGAUGUGUGUUGCGAUUGAAUGGGAAAAAUAUUUGUAAUGGGCAUUACUAUUCACCGCCCCCCAAAUUACUAGUCACCGCCCCCCUUGGACAAUUUUGCCCCUCUCAUUUUUCGUAAACAUCUCAGAGAAGUGUACGGUGAAAUGUCGUCAAAUUCCGAGGUACGAAAAAAUUCGUGUCCGGACGUCGGUUCCGGACAGUUUAAAGCCCGUCCGGAACCGGCGGCCGGACGGCUUAAAGCCCGUCCGGAACCGG